ACCCGGAAUGAACCGCAACGUGAGGAGCAGUUGUGGCACAUUUUAGCACAGAACUUCAACAGUCUGUAUCAUGGAUAACAUAACGGACGGGACGUGGGACAGUUUACCUGUUAAACUCAACGACAGCAUUUUAGAGACGCUAAAGGAACUGGAAUUCACAUAUAUGACACCUGUUCAGUCUGCUUGUAUUCCGCUCUUCAUGGGGAACAAAGACGUGGCUGCCGAGGCGGUCACAGGAAGUGGGAAGACUCUGGCUUUUGUUAUUCCUAUUAUAGAGCUGCUGCUGAAGAGAGAAGAGAAGCUGAAGAAGAUGCAGGUGGGUGCCCUGGUGAUCACCCCCACCAGAGAACUGGGCCUUCAGAUCAGUGAAGUGGUGGGGACGUUCUUACAGAAGUUUCCACAGUUUACGCAGAUCUUGCUGAUUGGUGGCUCUAACCCUAUAGAAGAUGUCGAGAAGUUCAAGGAGCAGGGGGCGAACAUUGUGAUUGCGACUCCAGGCCGUUUGGAGGACAUGUUCAGGAGGAAGGCAGACGGGUUGGACUUGGCCAGCUCAGUCAAGAGUCUCGACGUGCUGGUUCUCGAUGAGGCCGACAGACUGCUGGACAUGGGCUUUGAAGCCAGUCUGAACACCAUCCUGAGUUACCUGCCAAAGCAGCGGCGUACAGGCCUGUUCUCUGCCACUCAGACACAGGAGCUGGAGAAACUGGUGAGGGCUGGCCUCAGAAACCCCGUACGCAUCACUGUCAAGGAGAAGGGCGUGGCUGACACUGUCGCACAGAAGACACCAUCUAGACUGUCCAACUAUUACACUAUCUGUCGGACCGAGGACAAGUUCAACAACCUGGUGGCGUUUCUACGGCAACACAAGCAUGAGAAACUUCUGGUGUUUUUCAGUACAUGUGCAUGUGUGGAGUACUAUGGCCGAGCUCUGGAGAUGCUGAUCAAGAAGGUCAGCGUCCAGUGCAUCCAUGGCAAAAUGAAAAACAAGCGCAACAAGAUCUUUGCUGACUUCCGCACACAGAAAAGUGGGAUCCUGGUGUGUACAGAUGUCAUGGCCAGAGGCAUUGACAUUCCAGAUGUGAACUGGGUCCUACAGUACGAUCCUCCCAGCAGUGCCAGUGCCUUUGUUCAUCGUUGCGGCCGUACAGCUCGCAUCGGUAAUCUGGGAAAUGCCCUCGUCUUUCUGCUGCCGAUGGAGGAGUCUUAUGUCAAUUUCUUGUCCAUCAACCAGAAAUGCCCGCUCCAGAAGAUGGCUCCUAUUAAUGAUGUUGUGGAUGUGCUGCCUAAAGUGAAGGCCAUGGCUCUGGCCGACCGCGCCAUGUUUGACAGAGGCAUGAGGGCCUUCGUGUCUAAUGUUCAGGCCUAUGCCAAACAUGAAUGUAGUCUAAUCUUCAGAAUUAAAGAUCUGGACUUUGCAGCUUUAGCCCGUGGCUUCGCCCUGCUCCGUCUGCCCAAGAUGCCAGAGCUGAGAGGAAAAACAUUACCUGAUUUUAUCGAGACAAACGUGGACACAAACACCAUCCGCUACAAAGACAAGAACCGAGAGAAGCAGAGGCAGAAGAUGCUGGCGGAGCAGAAGGACAAAGACCAGAUGUAUCCUGUCAAGAAGAACUUCAUGAAGAACCAGUCCUGGUCCAAACAGAAGAACAAGAAGGAACGCAGGAAAAAGAGGGCAGACAAAAGGAAGCACAAUGAGGAGUCUGAUGCAGACGAGGACGACAUGAAAGAGCUUCGAAGCGACACCCGCCUCCUUAAAAAACUAAAGAAAGGACAAAUCAGCGAGGAGGACUUUGAGAAACAAAUAACAAGUUUGUCCAAGCCGAAACACAAAGCAGGAGGAACACCAUGCAGCGGCUCAGAUCAGGACGACGUCUGACUGGACAGAACUGUACCACAACAACAACUCUUCUCUUUUUGUUAACAUUUUUAUUCAAGAUUUGAGAGGCAAGGUUAUAAAUAAAGCUUGAUGAGUUCAUCGCUGACCGCAGAGGGGGUGAGAACUCCAAGGUCAGUGAAGAGGAGAGUGAUGAGGGAAGGAGGCGUGUAAUCGAUCAUGGGAUGCUCCUCAGACAGAUUCUGGACUGUCUUCAGCGUGUCUGCUUUGUACUAAAGACAGAAAAAGAAGACAUGUAAAGAAAGAUUUACAGUAAACAUUGUAUGAUACAGAUACCUUCAAUAACGCUGCACCUUAAAUUUAUCGGGCACGUCCUGCUGGUUGAGCGGAUAAAGACGGACAAACUUAAAACUCUCUGCCACGACGUAGAAGGGCUUGUUGUGAGCUUUAGAACACACUGCCAUCUGAUAAGUGCCGAUCUGCAAAGACAGACAAUCAGUCUGUAUUUGUGGCACAAGCAACAUCAAUUGAGUAUUAAUGGAAAAUAUGACAUGAACAGACCUUGUUGAUGAUUCCUCCGCUCUCCACAACACCCUCUGCACCAACAAUAACCAGGUCGACCUUCUCCAACACGUAUCUGUAACACAAGACAAAACACUUUCAGAAACGCACUGCCCUGAGUUUAUGACAGUCUAUACAUGUCUAUUUAUUGGGUUUGUCUGUCCUUGAAACAAAAAUCUGACUAAAAAGGCAACAGCUUUAGUUUUUAAGAAA